AUGGCCGGCAUGGUUUCAGACCACCUUCCCCACGAAGCAUAUGCCCAGUUCGUCCAUGAUGUGCUGGUUAAACACCCUAGAGAGGUGGCGAAAAUCGUGGGACCUAUAGUGGGGCCAGUUGCACGCGAAGUUGACGAGGCUUUGACCAUUCUCGCCCUUGGUCCUGGUACCUGGCCGUUCGUGGUAGCUAUGAAAGCUCUAUCCCUCUCUGCGCGCGGUUGCCGGGGCUUAUAUCGAUACCUCAUUCGGUCUUCCGAGUCCAUGGGGUACACACCAGACAAAGACCUUGAUGCUAUUGCUAGCCGCAUGACCGUGGAAAUAAUGACAAGAAUCACAUCGACAACCAUAGCUGUCGGUACUUCAAACGCUUCUCUCCCAGAGACACUGGUGGCCGGUGCUAGCCUCCCAGGUCGGAGCUUAGGAAUAGACAGCAGCAGCAGCAGCAGCAGCAGCAACAACAUCGCAGUGAGCCGCAUUGAGAACUCCCAAGCCACCCACGGCAUUUGCAAUUCAAUUGUCAACCAUGUUAGAAUCCAUGGACCCCAAAUAGUCCAAUCCACACAAGUGGCUCAGGUGAUCAAAGAACUGAACUAUGUUUCCACCGACCUCGGCAACGGUAAUUGUCUAACGGCAUCGGGUAGCAGCGGGCCAGAUGGCUACGGCAGACAUGUAUACGAUCUCGUUCAAUCUAAGCUCGGAGACAUUGCGCCUGCUGACCGGCGUUAUCAUCGAAUUUUCGUCUUCCACCGGAGCACAAUCUGGCACCCCGCAUUCGACCGGCUGGCGAGCGAGAGCCCCCUUCCAACCGAGUAUUGCAUGAAGAGAAAGAACCUCGAUGUGCUUUGCCAGGACAUGCAAAAAUACCGACGACGAUUGACGGCAGAGUUGAACUAUGGCAAAGACAUUGUUUUCCACGUGCUGCCGUUGCAUUUCCCAGCUGACCUGUAUCCACUUCGAAUCGAGGACGAACUCUAUCAUGGCAAAAUGGUGCCGCACUUGUCACAACAAUGCCCAGCAGUGGGGUGGGGUGCCAUCGGUGCUUGUCUCGCUCUGGGCGUGGGCGUGGGCGCUCUAACAGGGCUUGGGGCAUUGGUUGCAGUUCCGAUCUGGUUUGCGACUGCGCCGAAAGCCAUCGAAAAAACGCAUUCUGUGAUAUGUCCCGCUGUCUACGAUGCGCUCCGUGAAGAGGCGCCGAGAAUUCUCGGCUCUACUCAGCGCUUGUACAGGGAGGCAGUGAGCCGUUAG